AGCAGCUGCCAUUCCGGCUCCUCCCCCAACACAUACAAAGCCCUUCCCAGCCAGGGCUCAGGGCAGCCGCUCCACCAACCAUGGCCUCAACGGCGUUUGCCCCCAAACUCAGCCAGGUCCUGAUGACCCCAGAGCCCCACUACCUCCCUGGCUACGGCGGCUACUGUCCCCGCUACAAAUUCACCCUGGGGCGGACUUACGGGAAGUUGACCUCGCAGCUGCUGGCCGCCCCCAGCCGCUCUGGCCGGCUGCUCCUGCAGCCCAACUGCUCCCUCUGCGCCGCAAAGGAGAGACCGGGGCACGGCCGGGGGUCCCGGGGCAAAGGCUGCAGCGCGAUCCCGGGUUACACGGGAUUCAUUCCCAGGGCCCAGCACCAUUUUGCCAAGACCUACGGAGAAAUCUGCAGGCAGGCUUGGCUGGAGUUUAUGCCCCAGCAGGAGCAGGGGGACCGUGGCCGGGGCCAAGCCAAGGAGACCACCAAAGCCCCCCAGCUGGAAAACAGACCUCUCCCUGCCCUGCCCAAAACUGGGACUGCUGCUGCUGCUGCCGCCACCCCAGCUUUCCAGGCCCCAGGAACGCCCCUUGCGCUGGAGAGAACCUUUGUUUCAGGCUUCACCGGCUUUGUGCCUCGCCUCCAGUUCCUGAUUGGAGCAAGCUACCCCAUUCUUGCUCGGCGGGCAAGGAUGGAGUUUGAUGAGAUGCUGCACAAAACGGGGCAAGGCUCUUCGCAGAGGGGGGAUCCCCUCCCGCCCCUGGCCAAGACAUACCCCACAGACAGGGGCCUCCUUCCCCACUAUAGAGGCUUCGUGCCAGGUUACAAAUUCCAGUUCGGCCACACCUACGGCCAUCUCACCCAUGACGCCCUGGGCCAAACCACCCUUGAGAAGCAGGUGCUGGAUGUCACACAGUAGGGGGAUCCGUGGCUCCCUCCCCAAGGCCCACUCUUGGGUGGGCCGUGUCCGCGUAAGGCAGACCCUGGGGUGCUGGUGCCAGAGGCUCUCCAGACAGACCCGGCAGCUGGUGGGUGUGAAGGAGGUAGAAGUGGAGCCUGUUCUACUUCAGUGGAGGCCAGCUGUACCCCCUCACCAUGUGGACUGCAACUGCCUUCUCUCUUCGGGUGGCAUCUAGAUCCCCCUCUGACCUUCUGGGGCACAAAGGGCCUUUCACCAGCCUGCUACAGGUCCUGGCAAAAGCCUUCCUCACAAUGUUAACCCACGCUUUGGUGAUCGCAAUCCAUUAUAGGCGGGGCUGCCCUUGAUGAUAACUAGACCCCAUUGUGGUUGCUGCACUGGGGUGCUGUGGGAGGGGGUGUGUCCAAGGCGGUGCCGGCCAUGGGUCUACCUUGGCAGCACAGCCCUCCCACCUCCCAGGGACAGCCACGGAGCACAGAGAGUUUGUUAGGAGGACACAGUUCAACAGCAGGUCAAACCAUGGCUUCCCAGGCUCUUAAGCCAGAAUGGUGGCACAAGAAACAAGCCAACUCCACGGCAAACUGCAUCAUCGCAACCUGUGGGGUUAACUCGCACAUUUUAGGUGGCAGCUGAGAGCACACCAUCUGAGUGCCCAGGAUCAGAGGCCCCCAGCCAGUUCUCUGCCAGCUGAUCCCUGGCACCUUUGCCAUGCCUGCCCAAAGGGUGCUGCCCAUGGAGAAGGAACCCUUUACAGCAGGCUCUUCAACAGUAGCAGCUUUACGACUUGUGGACUUCAACUCCCAGAAUUCCUCAGCCAGCCAGGGUGGUGGGCACCAAGGGGAAAAAAAGGGGGGCUGCUCUUUAUCUGGACUUGGGUGAAGGGUAUAAAGGCCAUUUUUCUUGGAAAUAAGCAACAUUCAGUUGUGGCAGGUUCACCCAAGCCUAACCUGGUUAGGUAAAACACCAGGCCUACCAACCCUAGUGCGUUUUAUGCCCAAGCAGCCUGCUGGGUUAGUGUAGGGCACAUUCGAUUCCAAGAGCUUGAAAAGAGUGAGUUCAGUUGCCAAGGUGGGCCCAUUGGCACACUCACUGGGCAGGGAUCCUGUCCUGCUUGCGGCAGAGUGAAGGCCCCCUCCCUCCUCCCCCUUUCUCCAACUGCUACAGCACAUUCGGGGCACGUAAAGGCUGACCUGCCUUCCUUGGGGUUCUUCAAGUGACCCCUCCAAAGGGACACCAGUCCAGCUAAUUCCUUCUGAAUGAAGCAUCAAAAGAGCUUAAUUGUGUAAAUGGGAGGGAGUUUUUGGGGG